AGUCGUAGUCCCGGCUGACAGCGUCCGUAAGGACGGGAGGGCACGGGAGUGCAGCCCGCCCAUCUGGCUACUGGAGGUCACGUUCCCUAACUGAUCCCUUGGUUCUGUCGGGUGGAGCCUUCAGCGUGUACGGCAAGAUUUGACUUUGCCACCGUCUCUCUCGGGUUUCAAUAAAGUUUUCCUCUUCCUCUCCUCGUACGGAAUUCAAGAUGGCGGCCUCCUGGUCGCUCUUGGUUACCUUGCGCCCCUUAGCACAGAGCCCGCUGAGAGGGAGAUGUGUUGGGUGCGGGGCCCGGGCCGCCGCUCUCGCUCCUCUGGUCACCGCCCCUGGGAAGCCCCUUUGGAAAGCCUAUACAGUUCAGACAUCUGAGAGCAUGGCCCCAACUGCCACUUCAGAGACUUAUUUGAAAGCUUUGGCCGUUUGCCAUGGACCUCUGGACCACUAUGAUUUUCUGAUCAAAGCUCAUGAGCUAAAGGAUGAUGAACAUCAAAGAAGAGUCAUACAGUGUUUGCAGAACUUACACGAGGACCUUAAAGGAUAUAAUAUAGAGGCAGAAGGCCUUUUUUCAAAGCUUUUUUCAAGGAGCAAACCUCCCAGGGGCCUGUAUGUUUAUGGAGAUGUUGGUACAGGAAAAACAAUGGUGAUGGACAUGUUUUAUGCUUAUGUGGAAAUGAAGAGGAAAAAACGGGUUCAUUUUCAUGGUUUCAUGCUAGAUGUGCACAAAAGAAUACAUCGCCUUAAACAGAGUUUGCCAAAAAGGAAACCAGGAUUCAUGGCUAAAUCAUAUGACCCAAUAGCUCCUAUAGCUGAAGAAAUCAGUGAAGAAGCAUGUCUCCUAUGUUUUGAUGAAUUUCAGGUCACUGACAUUGCUGAUGCCAUGAUUCUGAAACAGCUUUUUGAAAAUCUGUUCAAAAACGGGGUCGUCGUUGUGGCAACAUCCAACAGGCCACCGGAAGAUCUCUAUAAAAAUGGACUCCAAAGAGCUAACUUUGUACCAUUCAUAGCAGUCUUGAAGGAAUAUUGUAAUACAGUCCAGCUAGAUUCUGGGAUAGAUUACCGGAAAAGGGAACUUCCUGCUGCAGGAAAACUCUACUACCUCACAAGUGAAGCUGAUGUGGAGGCUGUCAUGGAUAAGUUGUUUGAUGAGCUGGCUCAGAAACAAAAUGAUUUAACUAGACCAAGGAUUCUAAAAGUGCAAGGCAGAGAGCUGCGCCUGAAUAAAGCCUGUGGAACCAUUGCCGACUGCACAUUUGAAGAGCUGUGUGAGAGACCACUUGGAGCCAGUGACUAUUUGGAACUAUCAAAGAAUUUUGAUACAAUAUUUUUACGAAACAUUCCGCAAUUUACUCUGGCAAACAGGACUCAAGGUCGAAGAUUCAUAACUCUCAUCGAUAACUUUUAUGAUCUCAAGGUGCGUAUAAUUUGCUCUGCAUCGACUCCCAUAUCAAGCUUAUUUUUACAUCAACAUCAUGACAGUGAGUUGGAGCAAAGCAGAAUACUGAUGGAUGAUUUGGGGCUGAGCCAGGAUUCAGCAGAAGGACUCUCCAUGUUUACUGGAGAAGAGGAAAUCUUUGCAUUUCAGCGCACGAUUUCCCGACUCACAGAAAUGCAGACUGAACAGUACUGGAACGAAGGAGACAGAACCAAGAAGUAACUGUCACUUUCACAUAAAUAAAACUCUAGACGAAUGGUUAACGCAGGCAGAACUCCUUAUUGUGGGACUUGAAGGAAUCAUUUUCUCAUCAUUAAUUAUGCACUUUGUCCUCUGGACCAUUUUAAUCUAAAAUUGCUGUCAAAGAUCUAGUGGAUUAGUAAGUUAAACACUUAACAUUUUUAGGUCUACUUUUUCUUAUUUGGCCUUAUUUCUGCACCAUGAAAUUAAAAUCAUCAUUCCUGAAAAUGAAUGUAGGACCAGACAUUUUAGCUUCACAUUAAACCACCUGAAUGAACCUUGAAUGCACAAGUAAAUGCAAGACGUCUGGACGCCUUUAAGCUUUGGCUGCAUGGUGGUGGCACGUUAGAAAUCCAUCUUUUAUAACAGGGGAGAAAUGCCCUAUGUUUGAAUUCAAAACAAAGACAGUUUUCCAAUCUGAUAUAAACUAAAAGGGAUAAUAUUUUAGAAUAUGGGCUUAUAUGUGGGUUUUUUUUUUUUUGGUUAUGAAUUAUAGUAAAUGUUGUAGGCCUUCGGAUUUCUACAUAAUAAAAAAAUAUGUUUUUAACCCUGAGAUCAAGCUUAGUAGGCAGGACUUGAUCUCAAGUGGUCACAGAGUUUUCUAAAAAAAAAAAAACAUUGAGAAUUAUAAUGGGAUCAAUUAAGGAGCAA